AUGCACACCAUUGCACCAAGUGUCCAGAAGAUCAGCACCCAAACAAGGCCCGAGAUCAAUGCGUCCUGAAGAUUAUAACCUUCUUGUCCUAUGGAGAACCUUUGGGGAUCAUCCUGGCUUCCCUUGCACUGUUCUUGUCUUCAGCCACAGCCUGUGCAUUAGGGAUUUUUGUGAAAUACAAAGAAACACCAGUCGUUAAGGCCAACAAUAGGGACCUGUCCUACAUUCUCCUCCUCUCUCUCCUGCUCUCCUUUAUGUCUGCAAUCCUCUUCAUUGGCCGCCCAAGGAAAGUGUCCUGCCUCUUCCGACAGACAGCUUUCAGCAUCAUCUUCUCGGUUGCUGUCUCUUCUGUCCUUGCCAAAACCAUCACUGUGGUGCUGGCCUUCCUGGCCACCAAGCCAGGCAACAGUGUGAGAAGGUGGCUGGGAAAAAGCAUGGCCAAUGGCAUUGUUGUUUCCUGUUCCAGCCUUCAAAUCCUUAUUUGCAUCCUCUGGCUAGGCAUGGCUCCCCCUUUCCCAGAUUCUAACAUGCACUCCCAAGCUGAACAGAUCAUCCUGCAGUGCAAUGAAGGGUCUCUCACAAUGUUCUACACUGCCCUUGGCUACAUGGGUUUCCUGGCUGCCGUCUGUUUCUUGGUGGCUUUCCUGGCCAGGAAGCUUCCUGGGUCCUUCAAUGAGGCCAAGCUGAUCACCUUCAGCAUGCUGGUCUUCUGCAGUGUCUGGGUGUCCUUUGUGCCCUCCUACCUGAGCACCAAGGGCAAGUACAUGGUGGCCGUGCAGAUCUUCUCCAUCUUGGCCUCCAUUGCUGGGCUGUUGGGCUGCAUCUUCCUUCCCAAGUGUUACAUUGUUGUAUUCCGGCCUGAACUGAACACAAAGGAGCACCUUGUGAUGAAAACCAAAGAUGGUUGA